AUGUUGAAGGAGACAGGUCAGCUAACUCUGUUCUUAGUUAUCACACUACCAUCUUCUGACUCCCCCUUCGUCAAGCUCUUCACUCCAAGAGUUUGGCACCUUAUAGAAUGUCUCUGGGAUAAACAGGCGCGUCACAAUCAACAAUCACCAUCGACACUCCCCGUAGACGUAACGAUGGCAGAUCCGAUGGUGCAGUUGUGGCACACAAUGCCCGGCACCAUAUUAUAUCUGCCUUCGGCUAGUUUGGUUCGCAUGGAUUCGAUCAUCUUUAGACAGAUAGGCAUGUCCUUAUCCUUCGUGCGGAUCCUACCACUCAGAUCGUCGAAUUCCUACCAAUCGUCCAGCUACAAGGUGCAACUGCGCAGCGUGCUAGAUCUGUCGCUCCCCGACUUGCAUCGGUAUGGCAUCAAAUAUAUCGCGUCGCACCCGGUUUGUAUUCAAACGGAGCCAUCAUCAAAGGACCUUACUCGAUACCCACCACUGCGCGGUACCCCUAAAGUCGGUCAUGUUUACCGGCUUCCAUUGAGGACCCAAAAUCCAGCUCUUAAUGAGGCUCAGAACCACUCGUACUUCGAACGACCCCUCGGAAAGCCGUUUCUGAUAACGGAGAUUGGCGUAUCCCUAGGAGGAAAAGCCACCGGCGGCCCGAAACCUGCUGUCCGCGGUUUCGCCCUGACGACGUUCCAUGAUGAACCUAUCAAUUUCCCUCUGCAGCGCCAGGACGACCGUACGUAUAUAAUCCGGUCACAAUACCUCCCGGUGGAGGGUCCAAAUGUAGAGAUCCAUGAUCGCUUGCCGGUAGUGGCACUGGCUCCAAACAGUCCCAGAUUCAGGAAGAUGUCAUACGUGAACGUACUGAAGCAAUUCCGUGUUGAGGUCGCAGAACUUCACGACUGGACUGCUGAGAAUGCCCCUGAGAUACACGUCGGGGAAGACACUAUUCGUGGCUUGCUGCAGUGGCAUGCGGCCUUGAGACUCCGACGGCAAGAUCCAGCUCUCUACAAUACGUGCAGGAUGAUUGUAGAGAUGCAGGGACUCGGCGGUCUGCUCCACGUUCAGAUGCAUCCUGGAGCCGCCACGGCUGGACAGGGGGAUAGAGUGCACCAGGCGGAGCAGUGACGGGAGAACUACAAAGCUUAGAGUGAGGCAACUGGGAUAGAGGACCGGACAUUUGACAAGACUCAGUUCGAUGGAGGAUAAUGGACUUGGGGAAGAUGAGAGGAGGACGACUUGAGUUGGGCUAAGAAGGGAUGAAAAAUGGAUCCGGGGUCGAUUGACAAUGUCUGGAGAUGACGGAUCGUGACUAUAGCAGUAUGCGGCAUCAUUAUGGGGAAGCCGAAUCUAAUGUCUCGUGAACUGUACCUAAU